UGUCGCGCUCUUUUCAUAGGGUUUUCAAAUUCGAAAAUAUACUGCCGGUAAGUUGAUAACCCUAAAAUUUUGUAAACAUGUUGAAUAUUUUAAAAAAAUCUAAUAUUUUACUAGUUUUUAAGCCACGAUUUUACUCAUCGCACACACCAAACAAGUUGCAUGAGAAUACUCAUGAUAAAGUGCUUAAAGUUGCAGUCAUUGGAUUGCCAAAUGCUGGAAAAAGUACAUUAAUCAAUACAAUUUUGGACAAAAAGGUAUGUCCAGUAUCACAGAAAGUGCACACAACGCAAUCACAUUCACAGUCUAUUAUUAAUAAAUUCCAUUCUCAAAUCAUAAUUUACGACACACCAGGAAUUGUAAGUGAAAAGGAACGAAAGAAGCACAAUUUAGACAAGGAAUUUAUAUCAGCAUGUCGUCAUUCAAUACAGCAGUCAGACAUAAUAGCAGUUUUACACGACAUUUCAAAUCGUUGGACCCGAAAUGCCUUACAUCCAUUAAUACUGGAACUACUUAGUGAAUAUCAUACAGUUCCGAGUCUAUUAGUGCUUAAUAAAAUAGAUCGUGUACGUAGCAAAAGAGUAUUACUGGAAGUGAUUCGUUCCUUAACAUGCAGUAACAUAUCACUAGAUCCACAAUUUAUGAAAUUUGUCAAGAAAACAAGCAUCAACGAUGAUCAGAGUAAGAUCCAUAAAGAUCAAGUUGGAUGGCCAUUAUUUAAGGAUGUAUUCCUUGUGUCGUCAUUAAAAGGCGAUGGAGUUGAUAGAAUUGUAGAUUAUUUCAGCUCAAUAUCAAUGCCAAAACCUUGGGAAUUUAAAAACAACGAGUUUACAGAUCAAGAGCCAGAAAAGCUUAUUGAACAAUUUGUACGAUCGAGAUUAUUGGAUUAUUUGCCACAAGAGAUUCCAUACAAUCUGAUUUGUGAAUUAGAGUAUUUUUCAAAUGAUCAUAAUAAAAUCUUUGCAUCAGUCAACAUAAUCUGUCCGAAUGAGCGUCACGAGAAGCUAGUUUGCGGAGCAUUAGACGGAAAAUUGAGACAAAUAACAGAUCGUGUGACAUCAGAUCUUAUCGAAUGUUUUCGACAGGCUGUUACAUUGACAAUCUGUACGACUGUUGAUAAGAAAAAGAAUAAAGAUUAAAUCAGACA